AUUUGAUUCGUUUGGUCUGUCGUUUUUGUGUGAGAUGAGCAGGGACGUGCCUUUGCGUUUCACGUGCAAGGCCUUUUUUCAUCUGUUUUUCUGAAUAGAAGCGAGUGUCUGCGUCUGUAGUCUCUGCCGCAGCACAUUCAGAAUAGAGUGGUUCUAAGGUGCCGACAUUCUUCGUAUUAUCUGCAGUUUUUUUUUCGGAAUGAAUAAGAAAUAUGUGAAGGAAGUCUCCAUUUUUGUGCCAAUAGAGGUUCACGAUUUGGAUACGAUUUUCAUAAUGAUGACAUUGCAAGAAUCUUCGUGUGUCAUCGGUGUAGCUGCUGUCGUUGCAGCGCGUCGGAGAUUUGGGCAGGGCUCCGUCCAGCUGCUAUCUUGUAAUUCCACCCGUUCGGAUGGGUCGACUACACUGCGCGGAGCUGGAAAAAUCUGACAGAAUUACCGGUGCUGAGAAAGCUGCCACUGCCUCGGUUCUUCCUGUGGACGAGCUUGUUCACCCGGUUCUUUUCUCGGGCAAGAACUGCAGCAGCAGAUUGCUGCUACUCGGAGACGAGAGAGUAUCCAAGGAAAAGAGUGCGCUACUGCACACGCUUGUAUGUACAACGAGCAUAUAACCCGUACUACAGAAAACUUGUGAUGCGGAAACAAUAGUACGGGACAUAUAUCCCUCACACUGAGAGUGAGCGUCUAAUGCAUCUUCUUCACGACACGUUUACUUUUACAUUGAAGUGCAUUGGCGCACUUUUUUUGUUGGAUAGCUGGAGUCACCACAACGUUCCGAUUCCGCGACCUGUCGCACGGCCGCCGUACAGUACCUCCCUGUUCUAAACACAAUUUUUAUCCCAUUGCUUUUGUACCAGUGUAGUGCAGCCAUCUGAUGAAGCGAAUCGGUUUAGUAGAGGGAAAAUUUUUAUUUUACAACAUCUUGACCUGCAACCAUUUUAUGCUCUUUCAUGCAGGUUGUUCCAGCGGAAUCCGUGACGUGUGACAAGGACCAGGGGGUCCCCACGAAAAUGGCAUCCGCUUCGUCUUCCAUCCCGAGCUCCGCCGUCUUGAACGUAUCAAAAGUAAAAAUGUCUGGGUCUGGAAACUUGUGAUGCUGGGUGGCGUCUCAUGAUGAGGCUACAAAUGCUGGCUCAGCAUGACAAGUUUCUGAGCUCCUAGGUGUUGCCUAUUCUGCAUGACAAACCGCGCUUCUGCAUCACAGAAAAACGGAGCUCUUGGGUAACGUGCAUGACAGAUGUAAGAGUCAUGCCAGACAAGCAUGACAAACAUGAAUUCUUCCAGACCCAGACACUUUUACAGUUGAUAGAACGGGCGCAAGAGCAAAACGGCGAGCGUGAUCCUUGCCGAGGGUAUGGGCAAGGUUUCCACCAAAAAACUCUCGGAAAAAGGUAAGGCGCAACCCUGGAACUGGGCCCCGCUGUGCACCCCCAAGACGCUGCUGGUCAUUUUCGUUUUCUACACACUGACGAUGCUGAUUUUCGGCUCCCUUUACUUCUCUGGCGCCGCGGGAAUAACCGAGAUUUCCAUCGAGCUAAAGCCCAAUAUUGGGUGUGACGACUACGGCAAUAACGACGUCGAGACCACGGUGGACGGUGCCGAAAAUGUUCAGCGGACGUGCGUAGACAGCACCUCCGCCACCUUGGGCACAGCCAGGAUGCUCGAAAGCAUCACCUUCACGACCACGGAAGAUAUGGAGGGCCCGCUGCUACUGUAAUGAACCGCUGGUUGAGUACUACUGAAAUAGUCGAGAUUUCUAUAUGAUCGUCAAAAAUGCGGAAACGAAGUCAACACAAGGUGGCACUGUAGCUAGACUAACCGAAAGCGACAGAUCGAAAUUGUCAGAUCAGGAUGUUGAGCACGCAUGACUAGUUCACACCGGAAAGAAGAAGCACAAGCAGCGAGCUCAACCCGGAAGACGUGUGAUCAUGUGAACAAAUAUACAACACUGAACAGGUAUUACGAGCUCGAUGGCGUUUACCAGGGACACAGGGGCUUUAUACGUGGGUCCGAGAACGCGAUGUCCGCGAAGCAAGUGCGGACGGGAUCUUGCAUGGCGUACCAGAAACCGCGGACGGAUUGCGUCGCAGAAUCCAACGCCGUGUUCAUGCUGGGCACCGAGUCGUGGGAGUCCGCUGCGUACGCGCUGUGGUACCCGUUUGAGCUGUCCAAGGACUCCAGCGGGUGCUACAUGUGGUGGAGCAGCUUGUCGAAGCAGUGCAUCAAGGACGGCAACAACGACGAGAGCAGCGUGUGCAAGUCCGGGCCGAGCGGGCAAUGGCCGCCGCCGGUCACCGACAACCGCGUGUACUACCCCUGCGGGUUCGCGUAUGGGCGUGUCAGAAUUGAAAUCGUCAAAGUUGAAAUGAUUUGCCAUGCAUAAAAUGCAGCCCACAAAGUGCUUGUCUUGCAGAGUAGGCAAGUGAGGCAGAUUGUAAGCCUGUAUAGGGGUAGCAACUAAGCUGCUAAAAUAGCAUGACAAAACGCGUCUUCCUUACCCAAACAGCAUGACAAACUGGGUCUCGGCUCUACCCAAAUUUGUCAUGCGCCACUUAGAAACUGUGUUACAACUGGUAUCCAUUUUAUGCAUUACAAAUCUAUUUCAACUUUGACGAUUUCAAACCUGACGCAUCCAUAUCGCGGCCAAGAUGGCAACCGAGGACGGGCUCGACACCAUGGUUCUGACCGUCCCGGACGCCUCCGUGGCGGGGAACAGUGUCCCGCUCGGCACGGCGGACGCCAAGCCGGAAACCGUCGCGUUUGACGCGGAUUUUUCCUACGCCAAGCGGAAUCUCGACCCGGAACGGGUAUUCGACAAGGCCAAGGACCAGGUCGAGGACAAGGACCUGUCGGGGCUCGACCUGGUGAACAACUUGGACGGCAAGGAGUUCUACAAGAUUCUGGACAUGCACCUGCUCCGCCACUUCCCGCCCACGGUCUGUAGUGACGACCCGCUCCGGCUGCAGCCCCUGCAGUACCUGGCAGACAACAAAACGCCGAACUGCGCAAACUACAAGGACUUCCAGUUUGAGGCAGCAACGAACGGCGCGACCUGCCAGUACAGCACCACCAGUGUGCCUAACCCGCUGACGCCCGGCACCAACAUUGCGUGCACCACAAAGCUCCCGAACCCCGCUGGCUGGGGGCUGGAGCACUCGGACUGGCUCAAUUGGCAGAGGUAUGCACUGUUUUCUUUCAUCAUGUUGUUGUGCGGGAAAGUAGACAGGGAAUGUAGUUGAAUUUGAGGCUGCAGGAAAUUUUGCGAUCACUGCAUACAGCACUAUAAUCGGAGCGUUAGAAGCACGUGCCAGACCUUACUGGUGUAGUCAGUUCCUCUAGCACGCGAUUCUAAGCUGGUGUUAUAUCCGAACACAAAAAUAACAUUAGCUGGAGGACUUUAAUCAGGAUGAUAGAUACUUGAUGUUGAAACGAAUGAAAUGCUGGUGACGACCACUGGGAACAACAUGUUUACCUUCAGGAUCGCGGGUUACUGGCAGUUUCGCAAGCUGAAUAGCAAGAUUACGCUGCCAACCAGUACUAUCCCGAAGGGCACACAGCUCCGCAUCUUCUAUGCCCACCGGUUGGAUCUGAAAAAGCAGGCCGGGAAUGAGCAUGAUAUCAAGAAGCGCGUCGUGCUGACAACCGCACACUGGGUGGGCAGCAAAAACGUCAUCAUCGGAGGAACCUUCAUCGCGUGCGGGGGGAUUUGCUUCUUCGUGGUGCUCCUGCUCCUGUGGAUCCAGGUCAAGGAUCCCGACCGCUUGGAUAACAUACAGUACCUCGCGUGGCGUGACUAUCGCUGGUCCAAAGCGGCUGCCGCAGCGAGCUCGGGCGCCGACGCCUGAGGCAAGGUCUUGAGACACGAGGGGGUAAUUUGCUUGAAGAAAGAAUCUAGCGUUGUUAUUCUGUUGUGGUACGCGGUUCGCUGUGCUACCGGCAAUGAAUGUGGUUUGAUCUUUUUUAUCCGUUGUGGACCAUCUUGCUUCUCGAGUGAAGAAAACUUACUUACUUAUCCAGAUAUCUUUCUAGUGGGCUAUUUGUUCAAUACACUCCCUCGAGUCAAUGUUUUAUUGUGGGCGCAGCAUUUCAGUGUCAGUGAGUCGAGUGAAAGAAUACAGUAUUGACAUCGGCUGCGGCGGCUUCACGUGACCUCGUUGAGCAUUUUGUGAAGUUGUUUUUGUAGUCGCACAUGUGCUGAUGUACUUACAUCAUGACACAAGUCACCUUUUUGAGUCGGGCUAGGGAUUUAUUAUUCGUUCGUCUCUUCAGUCUCACUCUCAGACAACUGGAGCCGGGGCGCAUCCACCGAGCAGGUUGCCUUCUGCAAUUGCAUAGAAGGAGAACGAGAACGAUAUUUUAUUAUGUAUACUGCUGCGUGAAGUUGUAGUUGAAGGUAUCGCAGAACAGUUGAAGGACACAACGCAAAUGACGUGCAGGCCGCUAGUUGAGCAAACAUAAGUUCUGCAAUACGACUACAUGAGGAGCUCUGGUGAAGUACACGUGCAUUCGUCCCUCCGUGUGAAAAGGCUCUCGCAGCAGGUCCUCUUCAAAAGCUUUGGCUCGAUGGUUCCACCCUCAG